AUGGAAGAGCAUCUUCUCCAAAAUGAAGCUGACAGAAGAAGGUCUACAUCUGUUGUAGCAACAGAAAGGACAUUUCAAAUUCCUCUUGUCGAACCUCCUAUUAUGUUUAUCCCAAAUACUAUUAGCACAAGCAAAUACAAUUGUCUGACAUUCCUCCCUAAAAAUUUAUAUUAUCAAUUUCACAAAUUAGCGAACGUUUAUUUUUUGGUUAUUGCAGUUUUACAAGUAAUUCCUGCGAUUUCUGUGUCCAGUGGUAUAUUAUCAUUCAAAUGACGUUUGGGAUCACUCAUCUUCUUAUUCCCCCCUCCGUGAGCGAACAAAAUCAUUGGAAAAAUCCUAUUUUUUUUGCCAAAGCCCACCACCCGAAAAAAAAAUUUUUAUGAAAAAUAUAUAUUGAUUUAUAAUAAGUGAUAAUUUUAUAAUGAAAUUUCUAGCUAAUUAUAUUUAAUUUUAAACGGUUUGCAAAAUUUCGCAAAUUUCUUGAUUUUUACAAACUGGAAUUUUUUUUUAAUUUCGAAAAAAAAUACUUACUAUAAAUUUUUUUUAAAAAAAAAUCAACUCCCUUCGUGAGAGAACAAGAAUUUUUUUGUUCGCUCACAGAGGAAGGAGAGAGUUAGCAUUUUUUAGCCAGCUCAACCCAGGGAUCUUGAGGAAGAGAGGAUUGCGUUUUGUUAAUGUAUAUUUGACCGAAUUUUAUUUGAUUUGAGGAGCGCAAUGUUAAAUAUAGCCAACCGCAUGCUCACUCUAAGUCAAGGAUUUUACCCCUUGGAAGAUCAGGCUCAAAAUGGAAAGGGAUAUCUAAGCAGUAUCGGUAAUUCUCCUCCAGGCCAAUCGGAAAGUUUCCUAGCGCGAUACCAUACGUCGUAUCCUGAGCUUUUGAGUUUCCAAUUUAGCCAGCAGUGACCAGAAAAUUCAAAAUCGAAGAUAGAAUUUUCUAAAAGCUGAAUCUUUGGCACGCGACAUAGUGAUCCAGCGUUUCUAACACAGAGAUAGCGAUUUCAAGUCCUCUCCCGUGAUAAGCAGCAGAGGAGGCAGGACUAGCAAGUGAUGCAGCAUAUUAGAGGGAAUAGGCCGAAACUUGCCUUUCUUAUAAUGUUAUCUAAUACUAAAGCUAGUGUCAAGUGGUAUUCCCACUAUCUUAUUACCUUUAAUUUUUGUGAUGACAGUAAGUGCAAUAAAAGACUUCGUGGAAGACCGAAAGCGUAAAAAGUCAGAUCAAGAAGAAAAUUCAAGGAAGACCCAAAUAAGGGCUGGUAAAAGCUGAAGAAAAGUCACCUGGCAAGAAGUCAGGGUUGGCGACAUAAUCCGCGUAAACAAAGAUGAGUAUUUUCCUGCGGAUAUCAUCAUAUUAAAUUCAAGUGAUUCGAAAGGAAUUUGCUAUAUAGAAACCAAAAACUUAGAUGGUGAAACAAAUUUGAAGCACAAAUCUGCAAAUAAAGAUACCCAAACUUAUUUUAAUAAUGAUUCAAUGUUCGAUGGAAUUACAGCAACGAUAAGAUGUGAAGGACCAAAUCCAAUGAUUUAUCAAUUUAAUGGAUUAUUAACAAUUCUUGACACAGUUUUAGUAUUAGCUACCGAGCAGCUUUUGCUAACUACAUAUUCAUUAGUAAGUAAAAUUUGUUAGGCCACGGAAUUAAAUUUUUUGGACUCAGCAAAAGGUCAAUUUUUAUAAAAAUUGUUUAGAUUUGUAAUCGUAAUUCGAACCAUCAAAAUUUUUUAUAUAAAAAUCUACAUUAAAAAAAUGGUUACUCCCCAUAAAAGAAUUUUUUAAUUCUUAACAGAGUGCGGAUUAAGAGGGAGUUCUUUGAAAAAUACAGAUUGAAUUACUGGAAUUGUUGUUUAUACAGGCCAUGAGUCAAAAAUUAUGCUUAAUUCCCCACGAGCAAGGGCAAAAAAUUCUAAGCUUGAAAAUCAAAUGAAUAGGCAAAUUAUUUACAUUUUCUUUUUGCAAUUAGGCAUAUGUGUUUAUGCAGCUGCAUAUUAUGCAAUAUGGUUCAAUUUGUCAAAAAGUGACACAUAUAUGUACUUAGAGCUUGAAGAAACCUAUAAUAAUGCUGGUAUCCAGUUUAUACUUCAAUUUUUUACUUGAAUGCUUUUAUUUACCAAUUUUGUUCCUAUUUCUUUAUUAGUUACUCUCGAAAUGGUCAAGUUCUGUCAAGCUAUUUUUAUAUCAUGAGACUUAAAACUAUACUAUGAACCCAAGAAAUUCAUAAAUUUCGAUUAAUAUUACAUUUGGAGAAAUUCAUCUAAUUAUUUUUCCUUAUAAAAAAACACUUUUGCUUAAAUUUAGUAUUUGCAGAGGAAUUUCUUCCUAUUAAAAAUUUGCAAUCAAAUAGCAUGGAGCCGAACCCACAGAUACCCCUGCAAAAGUUCAAAGUUCCAAUCUUAAUGAAGAGCUUGGGCAGAUAAAUUACGUUUUUUCUGAUAAAACUGGAACCCUCACCUGUAAUAUUAUGGAAUUCAGAAAGUUCACUAUUGGGGGAAUUAGUUAUGGAACAAAUCAAAGGGUUCCUCAAAACAUAAAAAUCCCUCACGUAGAUUUUGUAGACGAUCAUUUCGAUAAAACUUCGUCAGCUGCUUAUGAUUUUUUGAUGCAUUUAGCCUGCUGCCAUACAAUUAUUACAGAAGAGAAAGAUGGAGUAAUUGAGUAUAAAGCAAGUUCUCCAGACGAACUAGCUCUAGCAAAUGCAGCUAAGUUUUUUGGGUAUGAGUUUAUGGGUAGGGACCAAGAUUUGAAUAUGAAUCUAAAAGUUGGAGGAAAAGACGUAAAAAUAAAUGUGCUGAAUGUUAUUGAAUUUAACAGUGACAGAAAAAGAAUGUCAGUAGUAGUUAGGAUGCCUGAUAAACGUAUCAAAGUGUUAUGCAAAGGAGCAGACUCGAUUUUAUUGCCGAGAAUCAGAAAAAGUGAUACUAUUGAGCCAACUUGGGCUCAUUUAGAAGAAUAUGCAAACGAAGGGCUAAGAACAUUAGUGCUGACUUCAAGGGACUUAACAGACUCUGAAUACUUGGCGUGAAACGAAAAAUACACUGAAGCUCUCAGAGAUAUUCAUAAUAGGGAAAAAAGGAUUGCUGAAGUCAGUGAAGAAGUUGAAACAGAGCUGACUCUUCUAGGAGCAACUGCAAUUGAAGAUAAGCUUCAAGACCAAGUUCCUGAAACCAUCCAAUUCUUAAGAGAUGCUGGAAUCAAUGUUUGGGUACUUACCGGCGAUAAGGUUGAAACUGCUAUAAAUAUUGGAUUUUCGUGCAAUUUAAUUACAUCUGAAAUGAUCAGAAUUAUUGUUCAGAGCGCAAAAACUCAAGAAGUCCAAGAAGAGCUGCAAAAAGGCAUAUUAUCAACUAAGGCUGGAUAUGGAGCAAAGUUCGUGCUUGUGGUUACUGGAGACGCUCUGAUUAAGGCUAUGAGAAACGAAAUAAAGCCUUUGCUAAUGGAGAUCACUGAUAGGUGCAAUGUAGUCCUUGCGUGCAGAGUUAGUCCACAGCAAAAAGCUGAUAUUGUUAAGCUCAUCAGAAAUUCCAAGGUAAAUAUUCGCACUUUAGCGAUUGGCGAUGGAGCAAAUGAUGUCAAUAUGAUAACCGCAGCUCAUGUAGGCAUUGGAAUAUCAGGGCUAGAAGGUCAGCAAGCUGUUAGAGCUUCAGACUAUGCUGUUGCUCAGUUUUCUUAUUUGAAGCGGCUCAUGUUCGUGCAUGGCAGAGAAUGCUACAGAAGGAACGCUACUUUGAUCUGCUACAACUUCUACAAAAACGUGUUACUUGCAAUGCCUGUUUUCUUUUAUGGAAUGUUUUCAGUCUACUCUGGGCAGCUCCUUUACAACCAAUGGACUUAUCAGGUGUUUAAUCUGCUCUUUGCAUCACUCCCAAUUGUAAUUUACGCUGUCUUUGAUAAAGAAACUGAAUAUGAGAUUCUAGAAAAUGACUCGAAGCAUUACAAGCUUGGUCUAAGAGGAAGACUAUUCACCACGUCAGCAUUUUGGUUUUGGAUUUUAGAGGCAGUUUUACAAGGUAUGGUGAUCUGCAUGAUUUCUCUUAAUGCUAUAUGCACUGUUUCAGGAGAAUGGGAAAGUGGUCGUAUGGAUUCAAUGUAUGUUUUUUCUGUUCUCGUCAUGGGUCUUGUGAUCAUUGUUGUGAAUGUAAAGAUUGUCCUUUUCUCCUAUAUCCAUUUUUGGUUUUCUUUGGCCAUUGUUGCUAUUAGCAUUCUCCUCUACUUUUUUGUGUCAGCAAUUAUAACGGAGUGGCUUCCAAUGGCUUCAUACCUUGAUAACUAUGACUCCAAUAAUAGCACUUCAAGGAUGUUUAAGAACCCAAACUCUUAUCUUUCAUUAAUUCUGGUUACUUAUUUCUGCUUUUUCUUGACCCCUCUAUUAUAUAAAAGCAUUGAAUUCGUAAAUGUGCUCACCCUUCCCUGAGUGAGUGAACACAAAAAUUUUGUUUGCUCACGGGGAGGGCUAAUUUUUUUCUAUAUAAAAUAAAUUUUUUACUAAAUAUAUUCCAAAAUUGAAAAAAAAAUUGUGAAAAUUGGAAAGCUAAGAUUAAUUAAUUUGUAAAUUUAUGUUUAAUUGAAAUUAAACAGGAAUUAGCUAGAUUUUUCAUUAUAAUAAUUAUCAUUAUAUAUCAAACAUUUUUAUAUAAAAUUUUUUGUUUGCUGAAUAAGGGUUUCAUCCAAAAAUAGGGAUUUUUCCAAUGUUUUUGUUCGCUAACAAAGGGAGGGGAGUCAGAGGAAAACUUGGAAAAGUUGCUGAUGUCGAGCUGCCUGAAAAUCUGAGUGAAAUGGAUAUUGAAGAGGAAGAAGAAGAGACUAGAGAUAAAGUCCUUACCCCUCCGUGAGACAACAAAAACAUUUUUGCUCACGAAGAGGUUUUAAAUUUAUCUAUAAAUUUUAUAGGAAAUUUUGUUUGAAAUUUAAAAAUAUCCCAAUUAGAAAGCAAAUGUUUUUUAAUUUGAAAAUUUAUUUUAAAAUCUAAAAAUUUCAUUAUACUAAUUAUCGUUUAUAUAUCAAAGUUUUUUCAUAAAAAAUUUUUAUUCUCUCAUAGAGGAUGGAUUUUAAGGAUUUUUUCAAUGGGUUUUGCUCGCUCUCGGAGGGUGGAGCUAAUGAAUUACCAAUUGAAGAUAAGCUGAAAGCUCAAGAAACAUUGAAUUACUUCAGAAGAAGCUGUAAGUUCUAUUUUAGAUACGGGCUUUGCGUUCAGUGGUGAUGCUGGACAUGUGCCUCAAUUAACAGAGAAUUUGAUUCACAGAACUUCAAUAGGAUGGUAG